AUGGCACCAUUUUCUCUGCCUAGAGGAAGCAAAAGACGGGUUGAGACGAAGCAAAGUCAUUUGACGAGUCGGGAUUCUUUGAUCGGAGGAGGCACCCACGACGCUAAGGGCCGUACAGAUGGCGGGAAGCUAACUCAUCAAUCCGAGACAACGUAUCGCCAAAGAACUACUACAUAUGGGGGCAAAAACACGGUGACACAUAGCGGCAAGAGGAACGACACCACCAGUAAGGGAAGUAAGGGCGGUGAUGGAGGGGAGAAUACUAAUCAAGACGGCAAGGGGGACGCCAACAACAACAAUGAAGCGGGCGGGAAGACAGGGUGCGGCAAGUUUGAUGUCUUUUGCAGGGGCAACAGAACAAGUGGAAAUGGCAAAAACAAUGAUGGCGAUGCUUCGGACAAAGGAGACGGAAAGGAAGAGGAAGAGGACAGGGAGGAUGAUGGACGCAAGAACAGCAGUUCUAGACCUACUAAUAAACCGGAGAGCACCAUCAUGAUAUUAUCAAUCCCGGGUAAAACGUCGCUCGUUCUGGUUUCUGAACCAACUCAGGCUCCGACCCCGUCUUUUACGCCAGACGUUUCUGCCACCUCUAUGGGGUCACUUUCACUCGAGGCUCCUUCAUCCUUUACAACCAGUUAUGUCCCUCAGGCAACCUACCCGGACCAGGCAAUAUCUGCUCCUGAGGAAGGCAAUCAGGAGAGCGACGCAACCUCGGUCAAAGGAGACUGGAGGCACCCAGAUUGGCAAAACUUGAAUGAUAGUUCCAAGGCCUUGAAUCAUCCAUCUCCGGUAUCAGAGAGGACCGAGACCGUUGCGCAUAGUGAGAGUGUUGGCAGCGUCUGCUCGUACGAAAAGGUGGAUGACUUGUUGCAACAGGGUUAUCAACCACACACGCCGGGCAUUCAGAUUCAAUAUCAGCAACCCAAUCCUGUUCAUCAGCACUGCGGAAGCCCCGUACCAUAUGCGACUUUUGCAAACGUCGCAUACCCAGCAAAUAUCGUGGACACGCGUAACUUGACAUCUGCCACGAUGUACUCUCAUCAGCACCAACAGCUCAGCACUUCCACCAACCCAUCACAGAACAAUUCACUUACGACGACUACGGUCUCGAACGGCACAAGACAAAUACAAUAUGUCAGCCACUAUGAUCCAAAGUACCUGCUAUCACCCUGCAGCACAUUUGAAGGUCGAGGCAAACGCAUGAGUGACAUAUCCUCGCUCUCAUCAGGCUUUGGCGACGGAGAUAUCAUCCUACCCGAACAAACUCUUCAGCCGCCACAGCCGGCCGCCAUAGCCUACCCUUCUUCGCCCAACGGCAAUACGGACCGAUUCUCUGGGUUAUCAACGCAGCGAGGGGGUCAAAGGGACACGCUAUAUACCGAGUCGAGCGAGGACUCGCCCGCACGUUUCCGCAGUCUGAACUCGUGGGUCGCUCAGCAAAGCGGUCGUGUCAGACGAGGACAAGAACGGGACGAGGCCUCAUAUCUGGCUUCUCUGCCACAGCUUCCCUGCCAGCCAGGAGUUCCUGGCAUCCACAAUCCGCCGGUUGAGCAGACAUUUGCUCUGAUGAGGGAUGACGAGAAGCCGCGGCCAGUUGAGGAGAUCAUAAUCCGGAUGCGAUGA